AUGGCGCAAUCAUUGAAUCAUCUCCAGAGGGGUUAUGUGCCGUUCAGCGGGGAUCCGGUCCGAUUCGAGGGUUGGGUCACGCUGACUCGGUCCCUCAUGUCCGAAGCUGGACUGAGUAGGGUCAUGUCGGGAGCGGAGAUUGCUCCUGCUCCUUUGCCAGCGGGAGCGAUCGACACUCAAAUCGCGGGACACGAGAAAAUUGCCCUAAAGUUCAAGGAAAACAACGGAAAAGUGUAUACGAGACUGCCUCUGGCCACGUCUGAUGGCCCGGAUGGAUACUCCAGCCCUGCUUCGCAAGUGGUACAGCAGCAUGGGCCAGUCGGUGACGAGGAGUAUGGUGAUGGACGAGGCGUGGCGGCCGUGGCGGCCGUGGUGGACGCAGCCGCCGAGGUAAUGGCGGCCGAAUUACAGACGGUUCGACCAGUGGAAGUGGGUCGAACGGCAACAACAACAACAACGGAACCUCCGGAGGAGACAGCGCGGGAAAUGCGCAUGGCGGACGCGGGAAUGAUCGCAGGAGCCGAAACUCUGGAGGUCGUGGUCGGGCUCAGGAUACCGGCCGCAACCGUCAAGGACGUUGCAGAUACUGCCGUGCACAACACGCAAGACUCCACCACGCAGGCUUGGUACACGCGGGUGGAGGCGGCGGACGAUGAGCUUGAAGAUUUCGCCAUCGUCUUCGAUAACGACAAGCAGGAGCUGAACGCCCCUGCUGUGGCGUUGCCGAGGGAGCGCGCUGCUGCUGGUGACCAGGAGCAAGACGCGGCUGCACCGGCGCUGCCGGACGGAGUCGUAAUAUAUGAUCCGCAAGUAUGGGAGUGCGCUGCUGGAGAUGAGCAGACGCACGAUGUGCCCGAGUCGGCGCUGCCGAAUGUGCGCGCCACUGACGACCUGCAGGAAUUCGCGGAGCCUGCGGCAGCGACGGACCUCGAUCUCACUACCCCUCCUGACUCUCCGGCCGAGAAAGUGACAGAGCUGGUAAGGUACACUAGCGUGUUUCAAGUGGACAAGGAGUCGAAGGAUGUUGGUGAUACGACGCUCUACAUAGAUACAGCGGCGUCGAGCCAUAUGGUAGACGCUGAAUCCCGCAUGUCCAAGCGUGUGUUCGACCCAGUGGACUGCGCCGUGCGUAUCAUCGGGUCGUGCGGAACAUCUAGCGCUACCAAGAAAGGCACCCUGAAGUUUGGAAUUCGUAGUGAGCAUGGCAACAUUGUGACGGUGGCACUGGACGUCCUCCUGGUUCGUUAUCUAGGAGCGAAUAUUCUGUCGGUUGGAGCGUUGGCCGAAAAGGGGGUUAAGUGCGAUUUAAUGUCUAUGCCUCCGGCGCUCCGACGCGGCGACCAGGCCUUUCCGAUAUCAAUCGCUGUGCCUCGCAUGUACAUGAUAAACGUCAUCAUUGACGAUCUCAACAUGGACGAUGUAGAAGUGUAUCGCACCAAGGUCGACGCUCACCUGUGGCACCGGAGGAUGGGCCACUGCAAUCCGCGUGCACUGCAGCAGCUGGCGGAAAUGGAUACCACUGGAGUAAAGCUCCAUCACAACAUCGAGUCAGGUGACUGCAGCGUAUGCGCGGUCGGGGAUAGCAAGAAGGGCAGUCACCCUCCAUCUGAUCACCCCCACUCUGAAACCCGGCUAGAGAUUAUGUGCGCCGACGUGUGGGGGAAGCACCCCAUCAAGUCGUUUGGGGGCUGCCAGAGUACCGUGAUGUUCACUGACGUGUUUUCUCGCAUGAGGUUCGGCUUCCCAAUCACGACAAAAGACGAAACGGCGGAGUCUCUCCACAAAUUUGUCCGGGAGGUAGCCGACCCGAUCGGGCAAAGCAUCGGCACGAUGCACUGCGAUGGUGCAGGAGAAUUCCAGGGCAGAUUCCUGGAGCUGUGCAAGUCCCUCGGAAUUACGGUCAAAACUAGCGCUCCAUACACUCCACAGCAGAACUCCAUCGCAGAACGUGGAUUUGGCACCAUCAUCGGAACUACUCGCAAACUAAUGCUGGGCGCACCGCACCUUCCCAGCGAGCUGUGGGCUGAAGCAUUCCAGACCGCCAUCUAUCUCAAGAAUCGCACACCAACUGAAGUCCUGGGCGGCAAAUCCCCACUCGAGGUAUGGGAGGGUAAGCCGCUAGGUAAUCUGCUGCACAUUCACGAAUGGGGUUCGAUGGCCUUCAAACACGAGGAAGCGCGUUUCCGUCCCAACAAGCUUGCGGCCAGGGCCAAGAAGAUGUAUAUGGUAGGCUAUAAUACCAAGGGUAGGUCGUACAGACUGUGGGAUCCUGCGGAGCCUUCUAAAAUCACCAACUCUGCCGAAGUAUCCUUCCGUGAAAAGGAGAUGCGCGACGUGGUUAAACCCAAAGUAGGGCGCGAUCCGUUUCCUGUGCCAAACACGACAAUCUACCAGCCUGGUAUGGCAGAAUCUAACGAAGAAGAAACUAACGACGAUAGCGAUGAAGAAGAAGACCAAAGUACUGCAGAGUCGACACCAUCUGUUCCAGAACCACGACGGAGCGCCAGGGCAUCUGCACCGCCGCAAAGGUUGAAUCUAUUUACGGUGACCUCGGAGGAGGAUGCUUAUCAGCAGGUGGAACAAGCUCUUCUGACAGGGGGUGUACUCGGAAACGUCGGGACGGGCAACCCUGGAGAAAUAGGUUACAGGCCUCCCGACCCGACCAACUACGACGACGCAACACGUGGACCAGAUGCUGACCACUGGAGGGAGAGUAUGCGCGAAGAAAAUCGUUCGCUCACGGAACUCGACGUAUACGAUUGGGUGAAACGGCCGGCGGACGGUGAUAUACUUCCGUCAAGAUACCUAUACAAACGGAAGUACGCAGCAGACGGAGAACUAGCUCGACUGAAGAGUCGUAUCGUGGUCCAAGGCUUCCAUCAAGAAGACACGGGGGAAGACAAGGCAUCAUCAGUGGCGACAUUGGAGGCGGUACAUCUAGUAGUCGCCGUCGCUGCUCAGAAUGGCUUUGUUCUAAAACAGGCUGACAUCAAGACAGCGUUCCUACAUGCCAGGAUCCCCGCUAACGCAGACCCGAUUUAUGUUUGUCCUCCGAAAGGUUUCGAAUGCUCUCCAGAACAAGCACGGCAGGUGUGGGGGCUAAAGGCAUGGCUCUACGGAUUUCGUCUCUCCCCGAAAGGCUGGUGCAGCACCUUUCACGACUUCCUGAUUGAGAAAGGGUUCGUACAGAGUAAAGCAGACCCCUGUCUCUACAUUCUCGAAGCGGAAGGAGUUAUCCUUCUCGUGUACGUUGACGACAUCCUGCUGUCGGGGAAGGACGAGGAGAAGGUCAUGAUGGUCGUUGAUCUGCUGAAGGAACGGUUCAACACGGUGUUCUUGGGGGAUGCUCAGCACCUGCUUGGUAUGAAGCUUGAGAGGAACGUCGACGCCGGUACCAUAUUCCUUUCUCAAGAGACGUACGCAAAGACCGUGCUCGACCAGUUCGGAAUGGCCGAAUCGCGCCCGGUGAAGACACCGGCGGAACCUGGACCUAUCAGCAUCGAGGAGGAGAAGGUUUUAUCUCCAGAGGACACCAAAUACUACCGGUCCGCCACGGGUAGCCUUCUGUAUCUCAGCAGGGGCUCAAGACCGGACAUAACACACUCGGUGAUGGUGCUCGCGAAGAGUAUGGCGAAGCCAGGUCCCAGAGCGAUGACAAAGCUGAAGCGGGUACUCCGGUAUCUAAAAGGAACGACCUCUAUCGGAAUCACAUACACCGAAGACGCCGACGGCGGAGAUAAACUCACGGCGUACGUGGACUCUGAUUUUGCAGGUGACCAAGACAAAGGCUACUCCACAACCGGUGCCGUUCUCUAUCUCGCAGGUGCCCCAGUGGACUGGAUAUCCAAGAAGCAAACGGUGCUGGCCAUCUCAACGUUCGAGGCUGAAGCCGUUGCCCUGUCCAAGGCGUGCACUAUUGUCAUCCACUUUCGUAAUUUGCUGAAGUCGCUGAACAUGAAGCAGGAGCAGCCCACGGUAGUGUUUGAGGACAACACAGGCGCUAUAGCGUUUGCUAAGGGCGCCAAACUCACGCCCCGUACUAAACAUAUCGACGUCAAGUAUCACCACGUUCGGUACUUAGAGGAAAAGAAAAUCAUCGACGUCAAGUACAUCGAGACUAACUUGCAGAAGGCUGACAUCCUGACUAAAAGCCAGGGAGCUGUGAAGUUCCUCCAGAACCGCCUUCUCUUGCUUGGAGUGUAAACACCUCCCCAUUACCGAAAUCAGACAUUAUGUCUCAAGGGUUGGAUGGUGCAUGGAAUAUUAUUGUAGAAUAACAAACGUUGGAAAGUAGAAGAACAUUUCGAUGCAAUCAAUGAGUACAUAUUUAGGAGUUGGUUCGAGAGCAUGCACUCACGUCGAUAGCACAUUUGUCGAGAGGACACUGGUAUUGUUUCGAGAGGACAUUGAGAUUGAGAGAAUUUCGUGUCUCAUGUAUCAGAGCUGGAAUGACGUAGCUCUUGAGAGGACAUGUUGGGAGAAUUGUGGGCAAGAACAGACUCUAUUCUACUGCAGGGUUUGGUGCAGUAUGGUGAAGGCGUGUAUCGAAGUCUGUCACCGUCAGGUGGUAAGGAAGUGGGAACAGGGGGUGGCAGUGUCGGGGGUCUGGGGGAACAUGGGCUUGAGUGGGGGGUGUCUCAGAAAGAGCAACACGGCGGGUGUUUCUCUCUUGGUGUGACCGGUGGCAGUAUCGAUCAGCAAUGCCGCAAAGACGUUUGUGCGCCGAAAUAUGGGUGCGACAGCUUUAACCUAACCACUUCGGUGAAAAGCGGAUUUCUGUUCGAUACGGUGUCGGGAGUGCCGAGGGGGGAGGGCUUGGCCCUUGUGGUUGCAGGUGGCAAGGAAGUGGGAACAGGGGGUGGCAGUGUCGGGGGUCUGGGGGAACAUGGGCUUGAGUGGGGGGUGCCUCAGAAAGAUCAAGACGGCGGGUGUUUCUCUCUUGGUGUGACCGGUGGCAGUAUCGAUCAGCAAUGCCCCACAGACUUUUGCGCGCCGAAACAUGCGUGCGACAGCUUUAACCUAUCCACUUCGGUGGAAAGCGGAUUUCUGUUCGAUACGGUGUCAGGGGUACCAGGGAAGACGGGGCCGAGUUUUGUUUGAUUUCGGGUGGAUGAGGUUGGGGUUUUGGUCGUUUUUCUCCAUCUAAGGUUCGUGCCUAGAGUUCAGCUGUAGUGUUUCAACCGAAGUUUUGUUGACUCAGAGGCAAACAUUCCUAGCUAUUGGGCAUCGAGUUAAUUUGGCUUGGCAUGACGGCCUUUACGAUCGACUUUUUAUGUGUGUCUGCAUUUAUCUGCAAUUGUUGGAGGGCAAACAAAAUAAUAA